AUGGAUGCCCCAUCUCCCGCGCCGGCGCGAGAGCUCUCCAGGGAGGCACAAUGUUUUAAUCUCGCUGAGAUGGAUCGUGCCCCAAGAAGCGAGAACAAAGUGUGCAGGGGCUGCAUGUUGGGCCUAACACCUCAGCAGCAGGACAACGCCGUCAGAGCAGAGUCCGGCCAAGACUACAAGCUGCUUGACCGCCCGUCCUGCAAGAUCUGCCAUCUCAGGUCCUUGAAGCCCGAGGCUUUUACCAAGCCAUUCACUCAGUUCCUAACUGAGAAUCCCACUAUUUUCCACGCCGUAGAUUAUUUCAAGGAGAAGCUGGCUGCGGUUGGCUUCACCGAGCUGCCUGCUCGGGAUGACUGGUCGGGUCAAAUCAAGCCUGGCGGCAAGUACUUCGUCACGCGAAACGCUAGCACCAUCGCAGCGUUCGUCGUUGGCGAGGCCUACAAGCCUGGAAAUGGUGUGGCCAUUAUCGGCGGUCACAUAGACGCCUUGACUGCGAAGCUCAAACCCGUCAGCAAGAAGCCUGUAAAGGCUGGCUACUUGCAGUUGGGAGUUGCUCCCUACGCUGGAGCGCUCAACGAGACCUGGUGGGACAGGGACCUUUCCAUUGGUGGCCGUGUGAUUCUUCGUGACUCGGAGGCAGGUAAGACCACCAGCAAACUGGUCAAGUUGGACUGGCCAAUUGCAAAGAUCCCAACGCUAGCACCUCAUUUCGGGGUUGGAAUGAUAGGUGCGCAGAACAAGGAGACGCAGGCCGUCCCUGUGAUUGGGCUCGAGUCCUCCUCGCCAGAAGAGGUUCUUGGCGAGGCGGGCACAUUCAUAUCCUCCCAGCCGCCCAAGUUGGUCAAGCUCAUUGCUUCGGAGCUGGGUCUCAAGCCCCAGAACUACAGCAGCAUUAUCAACUGGGAGCUCGAGCUGUUUGACUUCCAACCUGCUACCGUUGCAGGUUUGGACAAGGAAUUCAUCUCUGCGGGUCGUAUUGAUGACAAGCUUUGUUCAUGGGCUGCCUUGACUGGUCUGCUAUACGGAGACCACGCGCCAUCUGAUGGCGGAAUCAAGCUUGUGGCUCUUUUCGACGACGAGGAGAUCGGAAGCUUGCUCCGACAGGGAGCUAAGGGUAACUUCCUGCCUUCGGUUAUUGAACGCACCGUUGAGUCACUGUCUUCCAGCGCUGGCAAGACUUUCGGGCCUGGUGUUCUCGGCCAGACCUAUGCACGCUCAUUUCUGGUAUCCUCCGACGUCACGCACGCCGCAAAUCCGAAUUUCCUUGAGCGUUAUGAGGCCGAUCAUCUUCCUCUGCUCAACGUGGGUGUGACGAUCUGCGCGGACAGCAAUGGACAUAUGACGACGGAUAGCAUCAGCACGGCCAUCUGCAGUCGUGUGGCGGAGCUGAGCGGCACCAAGAACCAGCGUUUCAUGAUCCGGAACGACUCCAGGUCAGGCGGCACUAUUGGUCCCAGUCUCAGCUCGAUGCUGGGUGUGAGGGCUGUUGAUGCGGGGCUGCCGCAACUCUCGAUGCAUUCCAUAAGGGCCACCACGGGCGCCUUGGACCCGGGUCUGGGUGUGAAGUGGUUCAGGGGCUUCCUGGACAACUGGGAGAAGAUCGACGCCGAAUGGGACCAUUGA